AUGUCUCUUCCUCCACGCACAGCAGCACUGAGAACUGCUCUGCAGACAUCAUCGGGCAUCAACCAUCACGUCCCAGUCUCGUCGUUGACUCAAGUCCAGGACGGAAAAUAUACAUAUACGAUCUAUGCGUACAUUCAGGAUGGACGAUACGCCGAUGUCGUUCGAUUACUGUCAAAUCAGGCAAACGUAAACCCAAAAUCUCGCGCUGCAUUAAGUCUCAUGGGCUACUGCUACUACCAGUUGCAGGAUUUUGAAAAUGCCGUAUCAUGCUAUGAGCAACUCUCUAGACUGUUUCCUGAAGUAGAGGAAUACAAGCUGUACUAUGCUCAGUGCUUAUACAAGGCAGGAAAUCACCCUGCUGCUACAAAAGUUUGUCAAACGGUCGAUGCUCCAGAGCUAGCGUCCAAGACUUUGAAACUUCAAGCUGCGUUAAAGUACGAUGCAAACGAUCUAUCUGGAUGCAAAUCGAUACUAGAUCAAUGUUCACCUGAUGAUGUGGAUACCAUGAUCAAUACGGCUUGCCUCAUCUACAAGGAGGGCAAAGUCGCAGAUGCUCUGGCCAUGUAUCAAACAGCUUUGAAAAUGACGGGAUUUCAAGCUGAUUUAACUUAUUAUUUGGCAUUGUGCCAUUACUGCCUGCAACAGUUUGAUGCUGCCUUAAAAUGUUUGGGAGAAAUCGUUGAAAAGGGUAUCAAGGAGCAUCCAGAACUGAACGUCGGAAUGGCACAUGAAGCAGUAGAAUUACGAAGUGUUGGAAAUUCGCAGACACUGCACGAAACCUGUCUAGUGGAAGCAUUUAAUCUCAAAGCGACCAUUUUAUUUGACUCGAGAGACUUUGAAGGAGCAAGGGAAGCUCUUCAGGACAUGCCACCACGUCUAGAACACGAACUGGAUGCAGUCACUCUCCAUAAUCUGGCACUGGCACAUAUGGAGCAAGAUGCAACAGGUGGAUUUGAGAAAUUGUCCUUCCUAAUCAACAAUGGAACUACCUGUCCACCUGAAACCUUUGAAAACUUGUUGCUGCUGUAUUGCAAAUUCGAGUAUUAUGAUUUGGCUGCUGAUUUGCUGGCUCAGGGAUCUAGUAUUGGAGUGGUUGAUCCAUAUGUGCAAGAAUUCCUGGAAGCCGCUGCGUUACGGAGGUCGGCACCGGAUGAAGCGUAUCGUCGCUUCGAUGACAUGGGAGCCAGACAUUUAGAAGCACUACGUAAAGUAGCCAAAAAUGUCGCUGAUGCUCGUGCCAAGCAUGACGAUGCUGCUGUCAAGAAGCUUGUUCGUGAAUAUGAUGAGGGUGUUGAUAGGUACAUUCCAACCUUAAUGCACCAAGCAAGAAUAUACUGGGAUAAAGCAGAUUACGCAUCUGUGGAGCGACUGUUUCGCAAAACAGUGGAAUUCUGCGCCGAGUCUAGUGUUUGGAAGCUUAAUGUUGCCCAUGUCUUGUUUAUGCAAGAGUCCAAGUAUAAAGAAGCUAUAUCCUUUUACGAGCCGAUUGUCAAGGAUAACUAUGAUCAUAUCCUGGACAUUCAAGCCAUCGUCCUCGCCAACCUCUGUGUCGCCUAUAUCAUGACAUCCCAAAACGAGGAGGCCGAAGAAGUCAUGAGAAGGAUUGAAAAGGAAGAAGAACGGGUAGCAUACGAAGACCCAAACCGACGAUGCUACCAUCUCUGCAUUGUGAAUCUGGUUAUCGGAACCCUGUAUUGCGCCAAGGGCAACUACGAGUUUGGGAUCUCGAGAGUGUGCAAGAGCCUGGAACCAUAUAAUAAAAAGCUAGGAACAGAUACAUGGUUUUACGCAAAACGGCCCUUCUGUGCAUUGCUAGAAACAUUGUCGAGACAUAUGCUGCUGUUACGUGAUGCGGCCUUUGCUGAAAUCAUUGCGUUUUUGCAGGGGUGUGAAUUGCAUGGGAGGGAUAUACCUGCCGCGUUGGAUCCAGCUAAUGUGCAGGCGUCGAAAGCGACUGUUGCGUAUGAGGCUCGGUUGCUCAAGGCUGCGUUUUUGAGCUUGUAUGAUAAUUGA